UGACUUGUCUGCUAGGUUUUGUUUUCUGAUACAUUAUGAGAUUGCGGUCGUCUAUUCGCAGAGCGAGUAAGACUUUUACAUGUUUACAGGAAAGUAAUAACGUCAAAUUGAAACCCUGUGUUACCAGCGGUAACGUUCCCAGAAAGAUCAAACGUAACAUCUGUGAACCUAACCCAAUAAUUCCUAAAAAUCCUCCAUCGGUCCGUAAAAAUGUGUCAGCAAGUAGACGGGUUAAUAAAGGGAAGCAAACUUCUGUCAUUCCAGAAGACCCUUAUCUUUUUAUAGACAAUGAUAGUGAUGAUUAUAAAGAGAAUGUUAUUCCUAACAGUUCAAAAGACGUAACCAAAAAGUGCGCCAAAAAAACGCACUCAGAGGUAAAGGUGGCCAACCUCAAAAAAUCAAAGUCAAAACAGUGGACUGCAUCAACAGCAUUCACCAAACAAUAUAUCCCGUCAGGAAAACCUAAUGACGCUAGAUAUGAAGAUGCUCUGCAUGCAAACACACCUGGAUCGAUCGUAACAGCUGUUCCACUUGUAUCAAAGACAGUAAAUCCUAAAUCUGCCUCAACGUUUCCUGAAUCCAACCAGCUAAUUAGUCCAGGAGGUCUAACAACCUCUUGUUCAUUCGCCAAAACGGCUUCUACUUAUGCGGAAAGUAAAACAGUUUCUUUCAAUUUUCCCGAAAAGGUUUGUAAUUCCUGUCAGGUUACUAGUAGCGUCUCAAACACUCCUGAAUUUAGGAGACGUGUUUCUAUACAUAAUUUAGAAGAAUCUAUUCCAAGAUAUUCCAAAACAACACUGACUUCUUUAAAUCCACAAAUUGCCUCAACUCCAGCAAUCUCUAAUGCUAACACUGAGUUACUGACCUCCGUGGGAUGUCAUGCACUUGUUCCAACUCCGAUAAAUUAUACCUCAAUUAAAAGAAACGAAAAUAGUCAUGAUGAUUCCAGUCAAAUUUUGGAAAGCCAUGUGCCAAAUAACUCGUCUUCCUCUUCUAAUCCACAUUCUGGUGCAACAAAUAACGAAAGAUCCUCUCAAGGUCAGAUUAUAGUUAUUAUUUUUUACUACACUAUUUUGAAUGCUUUAGAACUUAUGUAUGAUUAAGCCACUUUGGUUUAUACUUAUAAAUUAUGAAGUCCAAGUUGCGCAAUAUAUUGGUCACUCUUAAACCACAUUAGAUUCAGUCGUGUUUUGUUAUAAUAUCCAAACUGCCAGUAGUAAAUCCGAGUGCUUAUUAAUUUAUGUUUACCGACCAGUCGUCAGUUCACAGUAGGCGGAAUUUGUUCUACUCCAUCAUGCAUCUCGGUAUCUUUAAUACAUUGGAAAAUUAUGGGAUGGAUGAAAUAGGUCUUCAACACUUCAAAUCAGUUAUGUAGCGGAUCGUUUAUGCUCUUGUUUCAUUAUAUUAUAAAGUUAUUUGAUGCGCUAAAUGAAUAUUCUAAGUAUUACAUAAACUGCAUGAUACGAAGUUAACUUCUAACUGAUUUAUUGAUUCUUUACUUCCAGACUUGAGCAAAGGAUCUACUUC